AUGGCAUUAUUACAUCAGGCGAUGGAGAGGACCGGUAGAAAAUUCUAUUAUACAUGCAACUUUUUCCAAUUUUCAUUUCCCUGCCCUGCCCUGUUCCCUAGGGAAUCCCUGCCCUGCCCUGUAGAGGCUAACAGGGAACCCCGGGGGAAUUUACAGGGAAAUUUUGUUACAGGGAUUCCCUCUAAGGGUUACAGGGAUUCCCUGUCCCUGCCCUGUUCAUUGAUUCUCAUUUCCCUGCCCUCGAUGCUUAUAGGGUGCGCUAAAAUUUCCAAAAAUAAUAUGGUCAAUUUUGACCACGCGUGCCGAUCGCCGCCCCACCGUAAAUAG